AUGGGAUCUAGAAAAUUCAAAAAGGAGGAUUUCAAGUUAUCGGGAUCUAUGAUCUCGACGAUGACACCAACUCUACUGAAUAAGCUCGAUUUUCACGAGGAUCGUACCAGAAAUUCCGAACUUCCAGUUCAUUGUUUCGAGAAGAAUCCUCGGAUUCCACCGCCUCCACCACCACCGGAUCCUCCUCCACCUCCUCCACUUCCAGCACCACCACCGGCGGCACCGCUGUUGCUCCCACUCGACGGACGGCUCGUCGAGCUCAUUUCUCCUUUCGUCUCGUUUCGAUUCGAUUAUCGAUUGAUUUGA